CUGGGACGUCGCAGGCGCUAGCCGACAAGAUGGCUACGGCUGGAGCGGGCCGUCUGAGGCGGCGUCUGAGGCGGCGGCGUUGGGCUCUGUUGCUCCGGAGCCCGCGCUUGCCCGCCCGGGAGCUGUCAGCUCCGGCUCGGCUCUACCAUAAAAAGGUGGUUGACCAUUAUGAAAAUCCUAGAAACGUGGGGUCUCUUGACAAGACAUCUAAAAAUGUUGGGACUGGAUUGGUGGGGGCUCCAGCAUGUGGUGAUGUAAUGAAAUUACAGAUUCAAGUAGACGAAAAAGGGAAGAUUGUGGAUGCCAGGUUUAAAACAUUUGGCUGUGGCUCAGCAAUUGCUUCCAGCUCAUUAGCCACUGAGUGGGUGAAAGGAAAAACGGUGGAGGAAGCCUUGACCAUCAAAAACACAGAUAUCGCCAAGGAACUCUGCCUUCCUCCUGUGAAACUGCACUGCUCUAUGCUGGCUGAAGAUGCAAUCAAGGCUGCCCUGGCUGAUUACAAACUGAAACAAGAACCCAAGAAAGGAGAGGCAGAGAAGAAAUGAGCCCUUGGAGAAGCCUUCAAGUCAUGUCAUCUGUUUGCCCACCCACCAUGCAGUCACUUCAGACAUUCAGAAGCCCCCAGCACUACCUAAAAGAGCUAUGAGAUACGCACAAGUUUCGCCGUUCACAUUGUGACUCUAGUGCAAGCAAAAUACAGAGUUUAAUUGUUCUGAAUCCUGUGAUUUCUUUCAGCCUACAUUUAUCGCCUUAACUCAGUUAAUGUAUAUUUUGAAUUGUGUGUGUGGCCUCAGAACUGAAAUCAAUAAUGAAGUCUCAAGUUUUGAUAGCCUGUGAAGUAUAUAAAUAUCUUAAUUUUACCUGAAUUGAUUUUGGGGAAAAUUAGAAUGCCUUGAUGUAAUUAUUAGACAGAAUCAGUUACUGUACAUAAAACAGAUGUACUUACAUAUGUUAAAUAAAACAAGGUAAGAUAA